UAGUCCUCGACUCAACUUUGAUAUCGAAGGUCGAACUUCUAGUGCUCUUCAAGCAAGAGGCGCCACUUAAUUCUAUCGUUUUUAUUUUCAGAAGAAAAUUCUGGUUCAUUUCACUAACCAAUUAACCUAAAUUUUCAUUCCCCAAAAUAUAAAUUCAAAGUCUCCUUAUUUACUACUGUUUUGGAGGGAAUCCCAGACCCGAUGCAUAUGUAAAAAGAAGAAGAAAACUAGACGUUUUCUGAAGAAUUUUGUUUGAUUAUGGCUAGUAAGAAGCUGGUUCGAGAUUUUUUCAUUGCAAGAUAUCCCCUUACACAACGCCUUUCGUCUCAACGGGGUUCUAAUGUAAGACUAAGAUUACUGUUUGGAAAUGGAUACUCGGGCAACCGUCAGUUUAGUGUCUUCAAAGAGUUCUCCAAGAAAAUUAAAGGCGAAGCUAGCAGAAAUUCGGAAUUUCAGCAAUCAGUUGAGCAGCUAAAGGGUAAAGCAGAAGAGCUGAAAGUUAGAACGAAGCAGACGACCGAGAAGCUUUACAAACAGGUCGAUGGUGCUUGGACUGAGGCCGAAGCUACUGCUAAAAAGGUUUCUGCCAACAUGAAAGAGAAGAUUUCAGCUACAAAAGAGGAGGUUAAGGAGAGUUUUGGGAUUGGAAAGGAAGAGUCUUCGCAGUCAACCGAUACUUCAGCUCAGCGUUGUGCUAAUUUGAACGAUGAAGGUCAGGCAACAUCCAAGGAAGAGAAUUACCAGCAAUCUGGAUCGGGUGAUACUGCAGAAACUGUAUUUGGAAAAUUUAAGUCUAGCAUUUCUUCUCCUAAGGUUUCAUUGGCUUUCCAAAGGUUAAAGGAAGCUAAGGUUGUUGAUUUAGCAAAGAAGGGUUAUGACAUUGUUAAAGACGAGUUAAGUGAUAACCCAAGUAAGAGAAAGCAUCUGGAGUAUACAGCUCCUCCCUCAUCAACAGGUGAAAGAAGUACAAGAACUGAUAUUGUUGUUUUUCCAUCUAAGCAGUCCCGUUGGAGUAAAAAGUGGGAGGCAUUAAAAGAGAAGAUGCAAGGUCAUCCAUUAUUCAAGCGUGUUAGUGGGAUGAGUGAACCUGUAGUGACAAAGGGCCAAGAGAUAGCAGAGGAUGUGCGUGUAAUAUGGGAGACCAGUGAUAAUCCCGUUGUUCACAAAAUUCAGGAUAUAAACGAGAGUAUCUUUCAAGAAACAGAUGCUGCAGCAUCGUACAAAGAAAUACGCCGACGAGAUCCGUCAUUCUCUUUGCCAGAGUUUGUGGCAGAAGUUCAAGAAGCAAUUAGACCGGUCCUUAAUGCAUAUAUAAAAGGAGAUGUUGAAACUUUGAAGAAGUAUUGUAGUCCUGAAGUUAUUGAUAGGUGCAAAGCUGAACAUACUGCUUAUCAGAGCCAUGGUAUAUUUUUCGAUAACAAGAUUCUACAUAUAUCUGACGUCGAAGUUAGAGAGACCAAAAUGAUGGGGACGUCCCCCAUUAUCAUAGUGGCAUUUCAAACACAACAGAUCCACUGCGUACGGGAUAGAGAGGGUAAAAUAACGGAAGGCGGGAAGGAUACAAUUCACACCGUGUAUUAUGCAUGGGCCAUGCAACAAGUGGAUGUAGAAGAACUCGGAGAGGGUGCCCUCUACCCAAUAUGGAAGCUUAGAGAAAUGCAACAAAUGGGUGUACAAGCCCUUAUCUAGCUCGAUUUACAGUCAAUAUCAUCUCUUAUUAAUGGAUAUUUUACGAUUUGAACCCCCUGCGCCGUCCUCUGAUAUAUUUUUUUUCUAUUGCUCA